AUGCAAGCCACGCCUUUGUCUAAAAAAAAAAAAUUAUCGACACGACCAAAGACACGACCCAUCACUAACACGAACUGUCAUAGGGAUCAAGUGAUUCUUUAUUGUAAACUUUUUCAAGCCAGGCCCACAGCAUCAAGCAACAUGAAUCCUCCUUCGCCACCAUCAUCACCAUCAUCACCAUCGAAUAAUCCUGCAUUAGAAGCGGGUCCAUCGUGCGGUCCUGCAGCACCAACAUUGAAUGUUCAUAGCUAUGUUGCCCUACUCAAGGAGCUCUGUGAAGAGUACCAUCUCCGAGAGCCCGAGUACAAGCUGAUAGGGGACACAAGUCCAGCGCACGAACGCCACUUCACCGAGAAGCGCAGGGUGGAGGCGGCCAAGCGCGUGGAGGUUGCGGCGGCGGGCGCGGCAGCGGGCGCGGCGGUGGGCGCGGGGGGGGACUCGCCCUGGCGCAUCGACCCCAACCAGCGUCUUGCAGACUUCCACCUCGGUCUGCUCACUCAUAUUGACGAUGAGAAGCGGGCCGAGUGCUUGCGCGUGCUGGCUGGUGAGGAGGACGACGACGGUGGGGAGGACGAGGACGAGAAGCUGGUGCGCGUGUGCGCGGUGUUGGGGCUGAGCGUGGAGCGAGUGUCGUUGGGCCCGGUGGCGGUGCGGCGCCUGGUGCCCACCCGGCCGCCGCUGGCCUUCGCCGGGUAUUCGCCGCGCGACGCCGCCGGCGCCGCGCUGCGCUACGUGCACCGCGUGCUCACCUUCAUCCAC